GGCCCAGUGAGAGGCGGUGUUGUUGAGGGGCGCACUGGCAGCGGGUACAGAGAGUCUCCUUGGGGCUGUCCCUGGCCGCGGCCUGGUAGCGCCGGGCGAAGAUGGGCGCCAGCGGCAGCACUCGGCGUGUCACCUUCGAGGCGGACGAGAAUGAGAACAUCACAGUGGUGAAGGGCGUGCGGCUAUCUGAUAGCGUCAUUGAUCGGAUGAAGGAACCUUCUUCGCCCACUGGAAGACCGCAGUCUCAGCGCCGAUCACCUGGUGCAGUUAAUGAUGAAGAACUAAAGAAAAGAAUUGCAGAAGAAUUGGCAUUAGAACGAGCCAGGAGAGAGACUGAAGCUCAAAAGAGAAGGUUUGUUUGUUAAUAACAGUAUUUGAAA